AUGAGUUCGUCGAAUAUAUUAGUUACACAAUUAGAUCCCAACUACAUUAUUGCUAUAAAAACAGCCCCUAUUAAUGUAAAGAGCAGUACCAAUGAAACUAUUAACAAGAUCAUAUUUGCCAUUAAUACAGAAAUUGACCCAAAAGCCCAAUUGACUACUAGACCAGGUAUUAAUAACAGUACCAGCUUUAUUAUUUUCGUUCAAAGUUCCUUAUCCGAUUUUAUUACAAAAUUUAAUGAUAAUGCAGUUACUCGUACCCUAGCCGCUAAUUCCACUAGUUUCAAAGUUUAUCCCAUUGAUACUCAAACGGAAAAAAAAUUAAAGGCUCAGUAUUACAAAAAGAACUUAGGUUUCCUUAAAAUUAACGGGCAAAAUUUAUUUUUUUUAAAAAAUUCCGAUUUGGCCAAAAUUAACGAGUUUACUAAUACAGAAGUUUCAUUAUAUUUUUAUUUUGUUCAAAAUUACAUAUGUUCUUUGAUUCCGUUAUCUUUAAUAGGCUGCAUCGUUAGAUACAUUGCAAAUAAAAGUAAUUGGGAAUUUAAUUAUUUUUAUACGGGUUUCGUUUUUUUAUGGAGUUGUUUCACAAUUAACUAUUGGAAAUAUAAUUUGGAGCCUAAUUUUAAUUCUAAAAUCAUUGCUGGUGAGAAAAAAAUUGUAAAAAAUGAGUUAAAUAAUACUGGGAGUAAUGACAACAUUGUCUUCCUCAAAAAAUUGUUGUUUUCUCCUAUUGCCUUGACUUUUUUGGUCUGUUUAUUAUGUUUUCAAUUAAUUUGUUUUUUUAUUGAAAUUUUUUUGACUCAAAUAUAUGAUGGUAAGGGAAAAAUGAUUUUAGCUUUACUCCCAACAGUAUUAAUAUCUGUCUAUAUUCCCUUAUUAACAAAAUUUUAUAACACCGUUUUUGUUGGAAGAUUUGUUGCUUGGGAGAAUAGCAAAGACCCGGAAAAGUCUAAGAUCAUCAAGAAUUUCAUAUUAGUUUUCAUGUCUAAUUACGGCCCACUAUUGAUUACAUUGUUUUUAUAUUUACCAAAAGGUUAUUUGCUAAAUCCUGAAUUGAAUAGUAUUCGCCAAUUUGUUUCCAAAUAUAACAUUCCAGUUAUUCAAGAUUAUUUUGAGGUUGAUGUAAACCGUUAUAGAAGCCAAUACUUUUACUUUACAUUUACUGCACAGAUAAUUGGAAUUGUAACCACAAAUGUUUUGCCUAUUCUAUUAGAAUAUAUAAUGUGUCGCUUGCAGGGUUCGACUAUUGCGGAGCUGGACAAAAUUAAUAGAUUAAAUGAUCGUAGAGAAUCAGUACUUUUAAUUGAAACAAGGAAAAUGGUUUUAACCGAUAAUAACUCGGCUUGGGGUUCCUUUAAUCCUACCGGUGAUAUUAAUUAUUAUAGCAAGUUUAUUUUACAGUUUGGUUUUAUCAUUAUGUUUUCUACAAUUUGGCCAUUGGCUCCAAUGGUUUGUUUGGUUUUAAAUGUUGUGAUGUUUAAAUGUGAUUUAUGGAGAUUGUUUAACAAAUGCACAAAGCUUGAAACUACCGCUAAUGAUACUAACUAUAUUAGUAUUCAACCUUGGAACGAGAUUAUAUAUCUAUUAUUUUGGUUAUCCACUUUAGUUUCUCCUGCUCUGAUUGUUAUGUACAAAUAUACUUAUUUGCCCAAUGUUGGUGUUAAAAGGGGCGAUAUUUUUAAACGUGAUUUAUGGUUUGCUGAAUCUCCGAUUAUUUAUGACUGGGGAACCAUCUUCACCGCAACUAUGAUUUUUGAGCAUAUUGGAUUCUUAAUAAAUUAUAUCGUAUCUCAUCUGUAUGCCACCUCAUCCAAUAAUAAAAGAAAUGUUAAUGUAACUGAAAGUAACAGAUUAAAUGUGGUUGCUUUGAAUGAGAAAAAUCUUCCUGCUAAUGGAGAAAAAGUAUCACUUAUUAAUCCUGAGGAAAAUACUUCUACAGAAGCAAGUGGCACUACGAGAGAAUUUAAUUCUACUAAAAAGAGCAAUGACAUAGAGUCGGUUAGUACUAAAAAAAAUUCAUCCGCCGUUGUUUUAAAUGAUGUUGAGUCACCAACCAUGAUCAAUAGCAGUAUCUCGUCGGAUUCUUCACCACAAGAAAAAAAAAGUGAUGAAGUUACCGUUAGCUCCGAUCCUACUAACGUUAGUGUGCCAUUGGCGGAAACAAAACAAGAAAAUUUGAAUUCGAAGGGUGAAAGCGCGUUAAAUACAGAAUCUAGCCAGGAUAUUGGACAGGUUUCAAAAAAUAUCACUAAUAAGAAUAAUUCUGCCAUCGUUAAUACAGCUGAUACCUCCAUAACUAACGCUACUAGUAGCAACAUGAGCAAAAACCAUAAUAUUAGUGGUAGUGGUGGUGAUACAAACAAAAAGACUGAUAUUAUUGGCGCUCAAACUAAUGAUACUAUUGCAAAUACUACCACCGCCACCAAUAACACUGCUCAUCGUAAUAAAAUUGACAACUUUGGUGAAUUAUUAACUCCUAUUGAUAGUAGUUCUAUUGCUGGUGCCACACUCCCAAGCAUUAUACCAACAUCUGAGAAUUAUGAUUUGAGAAAAACUCUGCAGAAGAAGAAUACUAUGAAUAAUGAAAACACGAAGGCUAAAAAGCAUGUACCAACAACGGCAUCCUCAUUAUCAUUAACUAAUAAUGAAGGGACAAACAUUAUUGACAAUAUUUCAAAGAAAGACAAUAUUAACCAUGUUACCAAGCUGGAUGACAUUACUGAUGUAAGUCCUACAGUUAAAUUAAAUACUAAGAACAUUUCGACUCUUGACACCCCUAUUAAAGUUGCCAAUAAAAAGACAAGAGCAAGUACUACUACUACUACUGCUAUUUCUAAAGAUAAGCCCAAAGCCACCAGUAAUGUGGCGGGAUCUGCCGAUAUUUCCAAAAAAACAACUACCAUAGCAAAUACGGAUCUAAAGAGCAAUGGUAAUAGCACUAAAGUUAGACGGAAUAAAAGCUUAAGAAAUCCAGAAUCAAGUUCUGCUAACAAGACUGAAAAACACCACCAUCACCACCAUAACAGCACAGCUACCGUUACCAAGAGUGACAAACACCACCAUGACAGUUCAGCCCCUGCUGGAAAAACUGAAAAGCAUCACCAUCAGCACCAUAGUGGCACAGCAUCCAAUCAUUCCAAUUCCUUAGGUACGAGAGGUUCUAGUCUAGUUAAAAGGGGAUUGAAAACUGGUACUUCUGUUUUUAGAAAAAUAUGA